AGUAAUCUACACUUUGACAAUAGGCUCGUCAAAUCUGCUUCAAAGAUUAAACUUUGGUCAAGAUGUCUUCCUCAAAAAAAAAUUUGGUUGCCCUUUUCGAUAGACCAAAGGAAUUGGUUAUUAUGCCCAAAGGACCAGACAAUGUUGUAUUUGAUGUUCCAGUUGAUUAUUUGCCAAAAAAAUAUCAGAACGUAGGAAAUCAAAUUUCCACUAGAUUUGGUGGAGAAGCUACCGGUGGAAAAGUUGCUGUCAAGCAGAUCUCCAUUCCACCAUUGGGAGAAAUUCUGGACUUACAAAGAGAUGAAAAUUUCUCGCUAUGGAUUCCUAAACAUAGAAGAAUUGCUGGCCAACUAAUCAAUAUCUACCUAGGAAUGCGUGAUGUUGAUGAUCUACUAUCUGUUGCCCUUUAUACUCGUGACAAAGUAAACCCAUAUCUCUUCAACUACUGUCUCUCGGUAGCUCUAUUGCACAGGGCGGAUACCCAGGAUAUAGAUUUGCCAUCAUUUAUUAGAAGCUUUCCGGACAAAUAUAUUGAUAGCAAAGUUUUUGGCCAAGCUAGAGAAGAAUCGAAUAUUGUACCUACACUAUCCAGAGCACCAAUCGAAAUUCGUAAGGACUUUACUGCUACUGAUUUGGAGAUAGAACAUCGUUUAGCCUACUUUAGGGAGGACUUGGGUAUUAAUCUACAUCAUUGGCAUUGGCAUCUGGUAUAUCCGCACGAAGGUGCAAUGCAAGUGGUUAAUAAGAACAGAAGAGGAGAAUUGUUCUAUUAUAUGCAUCAACAAGUAGUUGCUAGAUAUAACUUUGAGCGUCUUUGCCAUGGUAUGAAGCGUGUUGAACGAUUCAUUAAUUGGAGAGAACCGGUUGCAGAAGCAUACUUCCCUAAAUUGGAUAGUUUAGUUUCAAGCAGAGCUUGGCCAGCACGAGUUUCUAACCAAAAAUUAUCAAAUCUUAAAAGAGAGCAAGAUCAGAUUACGAUUGAUAUUGAUGAUUUGGAAAGAUGGAGGGACAGAAUUUUUGAAGCUAUUCAGUCUGGUCGAGUACAAGGUAAAAAUGGUCAAACUAUUUUGCUAACAGAAAACGAAGGAAUAGAUGUUUUGGGCAACAUAAUCGAAUCCAGUAUUCUUUCACCUAACAGAGAUUUGUAUGGAGAUCUGCAUAACAUGGGGCACGUAUUUCUUUCAUAUAUACACGAUCCCGACCAUAGACAUCUCGAAUCUUUUGGGGUCAUGGGUGACUCAGCAACUGCUAUGCGUGAUCCUGUAUUUUAUAGAUGGCAUUCCUAUAUUGAUUCCAUGUUUCAAAGAUAUAAAUCAUCAUUGCCUAGAUAUACCGUUAAUCAGUUAAAUUAUCCAGGAGUUACCGUAGACAACAUAGCAGUAGAAUCAGUACAAGGGCCACCUAAUACUUUUACUACGUUUUGGAAACAAUCUGAUGUAGAUCUAUCACGAGGAAUGGACUUUCAACCACGCGGUGCUGUAUUUAUUCGUUUUACCCACUUAGACCACCAUGAAUUUAAAUACCGUAUUACUGUUUCAAAUAGCGGACAGCCUAGACAAGGAACAUGCAGAAUCUUUUUAGCUCCCAAAAACGAUGAAAGAGGCAAUCCAUGGUUAUUUAGAGACCAAAAAAAUAUGUUUAUUGAACUUGAUAAGUUCAGAGUUGAUCUGAAACAAGGUAAAAAUUUAAUAACUCGUAAUUCCACGGAUUCUUCUGUAACUAUACCAUUUGAUAGGACUUUCCGAGACUUAGAUUCCACGAGACCUGAAGGAGGCAAUCGUUUAUCUACAUUUAACUUCUGCGGAUGCGGUUGGCCCCAACAUAUGUUGAUCCCUAUGGGUAAUACCGACAACCCUGGAUUUAAAUGUGAACUUUUUGUUAUGAUUUCCAACUGGGCUGAUGAUGCUAUUAAUCAAGAUAAUAGAGGUGUUUGCAAUGAUGCUGACAGCUAUUGCGGUAUAAAAGAUAAACUAUAUCCUGAUAAACGUUCCAUGGGGUAUCCAUUUGACCGACAGCCAAGGGAAAAUGUUGACACUUUAGAAAACUUCUUAACACCUAAUAUGAGAGUUCAACAAGUAUAUAUUAAUUUCUCCAACAAAACUUACAGGCCAAGACAAGCAUAAUUUGCUUUAGAACGAUUACCUAACAGAUGUGACUGAAUAUGAACAUGGACAAAUAAAUGCAUUUAAUGAA